AUGUCGAUAUUAGCCCGUUUGCCCAGCAGCGGCGCAGCAACGGGCCAGCAAGCUUCCGCCCCUAGCGCAAUACGCGCGGUGCAGCCUUCAGCCUUCGCCCCGUUCCAGCAGCCUCCUCAGCCCGAGCAGCAGCUCUACCAAAUAGCGCUGGGUGGUCUGCAGAAUGCGCUGGACCAGGCACAGGCCGCCUUCCCCACCCUUGGAGCCAACUUGCCACCCCUGGGCGCCAGCCAGGCGGCGGGUGCCGCGCUGCGGCUCCUGCAAGCUGCACAGUCGCACAACGUGCAGCCCAGCCUGCAGCAGUUGCCGCUGGGCAGCGACCUGCCGGCAGCCACAGCAGCUGUGUCCAGCGCGGCAGCGGCAGCCGUGGCGGCGGCGGGGUGGCCUGCAGCCGCGGUCCCCGCGCCACCUCCUGCCCGCCCUGCCGCCGCCCCACCGCCCGGUGGCGUCAAGCUGGUGGCUGCACCGCCUCCGCAGCAGCUGCUCAGCGCCGCUGGAAUCUUUGGUCCCACAGCAGGGGCGGAGUCCCCCAGGCUGCCAGACCGCAGCCCCAUGCCAUACCGCGCCGCUGCCUCCGCAGCCGCGGCACCGUCGGCAGGCUAUGGCGGCGGGCAGGACUGGGGGCCGGCAGAUGCCGGCACCUUGUCGGACGGCUCCGUGGAGCACCAACGCAAGCGUGCACGCCGCGAUGACACGGGCAGCGGCGGUGGCAAUGGCAAGGUGUGCUCCAACUGCCACACAACAAGCACGCCCUUCUGGCGCAAGGACCGCUUCACGGGGCUGCCCCUCUGCAAUGCCUGCGGGCUGUAUGCGGCCAAGAACGAUCACCCACGCCCUGUGAAGCUUUGGCGGGAGGGACAGCCAACUGGAGGGGCCAGCGUGCCGAUCCUGCCGCCGCCACAGCUGCAGCAGCGGGCGGCAUCCCUUCAGCAGCCGCAACACCAACAGGCCACGCAUCAGGCGUAUGUUCCCACGGCGCAGCAGCAGCAGCAGACCCCGAGCCAGAACCAGCAGCCACCGCAGCAGCCCCUGCAGUCCCAGGAGGACUCCCCCACGGUUGUGGCAGCCACGGCUGCCGUCGUGCAGCAUGCUGCCACCCAGCUGCAGGACGUGCAGCGCGCCACGUCAGGCUCCGCGUCCCCGCAGCAGCAGCAGCAGCAGCAGCAGCAGCGGUCACCGCCGCCGCAGGACCUGCAACUCAGGCCGCCGCCGCCAGCUGAGGAGGAGCAGUCGCCGCCGGCGCAGCAGCAGCGGCAGGCAGGUGGUAGCCCGCCGGCUCAACAGGCAGCAGCCGACAGCGGCAGGCAGCAGGUGCCAAUGUCUUCCAGCGAUGCCUAUACGCAGGCUGCCGUCGCCCUCCUUGCAUCGGUUGCCUCCCUGCAUGCCAGCCAUUAG